AACGCUCUAAAGAAACAGUCAGAGAUGUUCUUGAUGAGAAAUAUUUUGUCAGGACAGAACAGUUUGAAAAAGCGAGAACGAAACUCUUGGAAAACAAUAUCAUUGUUUUAAAUGGAGCACCAGGGGAAGGAAAGACAACAGUGGCAAAAAAACUUUUGGUCGAAGUCUCGAAAAACGAAAGGUAUAUACAACUGAAUACCUACUCCGAUUGGAGGUUUGUGAUAUUGGACAAUGUAGAGGCUGUUUUAAUAGAUGACAUGUUUGGUUCUGGUAUUUUUGAUAAAGAGGAGUGCAGAAAAUGGCAGAAACACAUUCCAUCCAUUGCAUCAGCUGUUGAAAGCAAACACCUGUACGUAAUUAUCACUUCCCGGUCUUAUAUUCUAACUGAAGCAGUAGAAAAAAUGAUUGUAGAGAGUUUUUUUACCAAAGAAAAUGUUGUUACUCUAUCUUCUGAGGAUCUAACGCCAAAAGAAAGAAAAACAAUUUUAGAAAAACAUUUUACUAAAGCAUGUUACAAAAACGAAGAAAUUAGUGAAUUGACCGAAAAAAGCGAGCAUUCAAUACUCCUACAAAAUAUUGUAGAAUUAAAACUAAAGAGUCCAGAUGUUUCUUCCACAAUUGGGUUCCCUGAAUGCGCAAGGCUAUUUGCAAAUAAUACCGAUUUAUACAGUGAAGGCGUUAAAUUUUUCAAAGGUCCCAUGGCUUGUGUAAAAUCCAACAUUUCUGGCCUUCUAAAUGAUGAUGACACAUUCGUGGCAUUUUUUGUAUUAUGGGCUCAAACAUCUAGGACUUUGAGCUCAAUAGACCUUGAGCUUUCCAUACAGGAGACAUCAGAUAAAGUAACAAAGCCGAUUUGUAAGCUGCAGUUCCGACCAAAGGAUCACAUCAGAAAGAUCCGCCAUAGUUUGCACAAGCAUAGAGGUGGGUUUAUUCAUUUUGAUAGCACAAACGAGGUAUUUUCAUUCAGUCAUCGCGUUGUUCAGGAUUCAGUCGGCAUUGUCUCCUUCGAGAAAAAUACAACAGCUGCUAUUGAAUUUUGUGACACGACCUUCAUAGAAAAUUUCAUUCGAAUUGGUCACCAUGAAUGUGAUAGUGGCAUGCAUGAUAUAUUCAUGAGAAAAGAUAAAUCUUCUGAGGGGCUUGAUGAGCAGGAGUCGUCGCAAGGGUUAACAUAUUAUCGAGAAACUGCGCAACAGAAAAAUGUCUCAUCAACUGAGAAUAAAUCGGCUUUAUUGCCUUGGUGUGUUAUACACCUAAGCCAAGCAAGAUAUGCCCAGCUCAGUUUACAGAUAGGGAAAUUAGUAAUUUACCCUGCUUUUAGAACAAAUGAAUUGAGUAUGUCACCUUCGAAAAAGCUUCAGAAAGUCUCACAGUACUUGGAUCCUACACUUUUUAAACAUGAAGUAUUUAAGGAUAAAAAUUUCUGUGAUUCCUUUUUUCGCGAGUUGAACGAAAGAAACAUGCUUGAGACAAUACUUAUGGUUCCUGUCAGAACACUUGACAGGGAGUUUUCUGAGUUUAAAUUUCUCAAAAUGCCAAGCACUGAAAUCAGACUUCCGUCAUAUUUAAUAUGGGCUAAGGAAGCACGUAGUCCCCUGAGUGACAUGUGUUUUCAUAUCAUUGACUCAGUAAGUGAUUUUGCAUCAAAACAAGAGCUUUCAAUGGCGAUGUUGAUCUCAACAAAGCUCGGAGACUGCACUCUUGUUAAGUACUUCCUUGAACAGGGAGCUGAGAUUGAUAUCAAUAUGAUGUCCUUAGCACUUGCUGCAAACAAAGAGAAAAUGUUCGAAAUGCUUUUAGGUAGGCAUGCCGUGUUAAAUGAUGAAGCAACUUUUCUGCAUGAAAUAUGCAAAGUUGGUUAUUCUGAAAUAGUUUCCAAACUGAUAAUCAAGGGAGUCGAUAUUAUGCAACGUGACAGUUCUGGACUAUAUCCAAUACAUCAUGCAAUCCAGAAAGGGCAUUUAGAAACAGUCAAGGUACUUCUAGAUAAUGAUGAGUCGCAAGCUGAAGUUGAGUUUAAACCAGAUACUGGCAAAAUGUCUUUAUUCCAUUUUGCCACAGAAUAUCAAAGAAUGACCAUUAUAGAUGAACUGUUGAAAAGAGGCAAGCGUCCAACAAAACUUGACGGUAAGGGUAGAACGCCAUUUUUAUAUUCAGUCUAUAAGCGUUCAACUAAUGUUGUUCACAGAAUGUUACAAACUGCGAUUGAAGAUGGUAUGCAGUCGCACCCUGACAAAGACAAUUGCACGCCACUGUAUACUGCUCUAAAGAAUAUAGUAGGUCAUAGCGCACGGCGAGAAGAAUGUAAAAUAUUUGAGGGCAUUGCCUUGGAGCUUUGCAAGUUCACGAAUAAUUUACAUUUGGUGAAUUCAUCUGGAGAAACUCCCUUGAAGUAUGCCUGCAAAAAUGGAUUAAAAGCUGUAGCCAAAGAGAUACUUAAACAUGGAGAUCCGUAUGAAAACGAAGGAAGUACAAUAUUUCACCAUUUUGUUACUGCUGAUGAUCGUGAAAGUAUAGAUACGUUUUUGCAGUUGAAUAUAGAUCCAAAUAUACACGACAAAUAUCACAGGACUCCAUUGAUGUUGGCAAACGUCCUUGGGAAAAAAAUGGUAAUCCGUGUUCUUAAGAAAGACCGACGGAUACUUGAUUAUCACAAAGAAAUUGGAAUGGUUGAGGACAGGCUUGAGCUACCGGACAGAAAUGUAAAUACACGGAGUCUUUCGAGUGUUUUCGAACGGUACACAGAUCCUGAGUCAUACAGACGGGGUAGGAGAAGGAGACGAGAAGAUACUGCUUAUGGUUAUGAUUAUGAUGAUGACCUCCUUGUUUAUGACUAGCUGUCAAUCAUCCCCAAACUAAAAGCUUAUAUUUCACCGGUGUGUUAGUUAAUCCAGUUUAUGCAACUUCUCAGUGUUGGGAAUCGAAUUGAUUGUUGCGCGUUUUAUUGUCUGUCAUCAAGAACUUGUUUGCCAUUAAGAAUGAGAUUCUGUAUGUUAUAUAAUCACAUACAGUUUUACAGAUUAUGAAACGGAAUGAAUUGAAAUUUAAUUAAAUACUUACUUAGAACGGCAGGUAUUUUCUCACAAUAGUCCACACCGUUCUGUUACGCUCUAAGGAAAAGUAGUAUACAUUUAAAGAGGACAUUUUCGUGUUUAACUUUCUCUACAUUCUGUCUAAACCAGCAAUGCAAUAUUUGUGUCCCUUAUUAGCUCACCUGAGCAAUGCUCAGGUGAAUUUUUCUGAUCGCUCGAUGUCCGGCGUCUGUCGUCUGUCUGUCUGUCUGUCAACAUUUAGCUUGUGUAUGCGAUAGAGGCUGAAUUUUUCAACUGAUCUUCAUGAAACUUGGUCAGAAUAAUAACCUUGAUGAAAUCUAGGCCGAGUUUGAAAAGGGGUCAUCUGGGGUCAAAAACUAGGUCACUAUGUCAAAUCAAAGAAAAACCUUGUGUAUGCGAUAGAGGCUGUAUUUUUCAAUUAAUCUUCAUGAAUUUUGGUCUGAAUGAUUACCUGGAUGAAAUCUAGUUCGAGUUUGAAAAGGGGUCGUCUUGGGUCAAAAACUAGGUCACUAGGUCAAAUCAAAGAAAAACCUUGUGUAUACGAUAGAGACUGUAUUUUUCAAUUAAUCUUCAUGAAUUUUGGUCAGAAUGAUAACCUUGAUAAAAUCUAGGCCGAAUUUGAAAAGGGGUCAGCUGGGGUCCAAAACUAGGUCACUAGGUCAAAUCAAAGAAAAACAUUGUGUAUGCGCUAGAGGCUGAAUUUUUCAAUUAAUCUUCAUGAAUUUUGGUCAAGAUGAUUGCCUUGAUGAAAUCUAGGUCAAGUUUGAAUAUGGGUUAUCUGGGGUCAAAAAGUAGGUCACUAGGUCAGAUCAAAGGAAAACCUUGUGUAUGCGAUAGAGGCUGUAUUUUUCAAUUAAUCUUCAUGAAUUUUGGUCAGAAUGAUUGCCUUGAUGAAAUCUAGGUCGAGUUUGAAUAUGGGUCAUUUGGGGUCAAAAUUUAGGUCACUAGGUCAGAUCAAAGAAAAAGCUUGUAUAUGCGAUAGAAGCUGUAUUUUUCAACUAAUCUUCAUGAAUUUUGGUCAGAAUGAUAUCCUUGAUGAAAUCUAGGCCGCUUUGGAAAAAGGGUCAUCUAGGAUCCAAAAUUAGGUCACUUGGUCAAAUCAAAGAAAAACCUUGUGUAUGCGAUAGAGGCUGUAUUUUUCAUUUGAUCUUCAUGAAAUUUGGUCAGAAUAAUUGCAUUGAUGAAAUAUAGGUCAGGUUCAAAUAUAGGUUAUCUGGGAUCAAACAUUAGAUCACUAGGUCAAAUCAAAGAAAAACUUUGUGUAUGCCAUAGAGGCUAUAUUUUUCAAUUGAUCUUCCUAAAAUUAAGUCAGAAUGAUCGCAUUGAUGAAAUCUAAGUCAAAUUUGAAUAUGGGUCAUCUUGGGUCAAAAAGUAGGUCACUAGGUCAAAUCAAACAAAAACCUUGUGUAUGCGAUAGAGGCUGUAUUUUUCAAUUGAUCUUCAUUAAAUUUGGUCAAUUUGGUUCGAAUAUGGGUCAUCUGGGGUCAAAUACUAGAUCACUAGGUCAAAUCACAGAAAAUACUCACUUAUACUCAAGAUUUUAGCUCCAAUUUUAAUAAUUGGUCAGAAUAUUUAUUUCCAUGAAAUCACUAGGUCAAACAUGUUUACACUGUUAUUUUGUGUUAUGGUGUGUUUCUCAGGUGGGCGACCUAGGGCCAUCUUGGCCCUCUUGUCUCUACUUUCGUUUAACUACACCAGCUCGCUUCGUAAAACCAAAAAUGCUGUGGAACAAGAGCUCUAAAUACUUAUUGCUGAAAACGUAUAUUUGAACCCAUUUCAUAGAACGGAGCUCAGAUGUCAUUGCGGUAAAAAUUCAUGAUUUUAUAAGAAAUCAAAGAAAGAGAACACGGGAGAGAUUACACUUUAAAAUGAAAAAGUAUAAGUAGAAUCUUUGGAAUCAUUAAGCGCAACAAAGGUUACCAGCCUCACACACGGCAAAGCCGGUCACCUACAAAUUGACAUUUUAGCGGAAGACAAAGUAAACCGUGACAUUCAAAUGCCAAUCAGCAAAAUGCAUUUCAUAAUAAUAAAAAUAUUGUAAGUUGGGUGGGGAAAAGAGGUAAAUUGAGGAUAUGGUAUGAAGCUGAACAAGCUGAAGAUACUAACGUACAGUAACCUUUGUUAAUUGAAUUGGGUUUGAUACUCGUUAAAGGCAUGUCAAAAUCACACACAAAUUUGGUAACGAUUAAAUGUAACUACACGGUUACCAAUCGAGACUAGCAAGAUGUACUUUUGAUGUACGUCUAACUGCCGAUAAAAGUCCGUUGUAUUUAGCGGGCUGAAAGUUGAUUUUUGUUUGCUAUAUAUGAUGGAAUGUGUUUCAAUAGUGUUUGUCAAUUUUAUUCUUGAUGAAUUAUAAGAACAACUCAUACUUUGCCCUGCACCUAUGCAUUUUAUGUCCUUAGUGAUUGUUAUUUUUACGUGUGAUAUUUUUAUUUGUGCUGCCAUGUAUAAUUUACUGCCUCUGUAGAAUUUGAAAUUUUAUAUACUACAGAUAUAAAUAUAUGUGUAUAUAUUCAUAUGUGCACUUGUAUACAAAUACGACGUUUUGGAGGGUCGGAAACGUUUUCUUUAUUGAUAGGAAGUAUUAUUAAGGAUAUAUAUUCUUUGUCAUUUACGAGUAGAUUCAAAUUUAUCAACCAUAGCGUGUACUACUAUCUACCAUGUUUAAGCUGUUAAAAGCCAAUGCUUUAUUUUAUUUGUUUCAAGGUUUAGAGUACAGUAUACGACCCUCUAAAGAUAUCAAUGGAAAAAGCAAAAUAUGUAAUACACAUUAAAUUGCCCAGUAUAUUUGCAAACUGUCAUGAUUAUUUACCUUGUACCCGUCUGUCUUCCCAAUACAUUCAGUCAUCGUACAAUCAACAUGAUAUUUCAAUGACAUACAUAAAGACUGCAAAAUGUUGGUCAUUUUUCAGGUUUUUAUAUAUGUGAAAAAAAAUUCUUGAAUAUUGACUGUUUAAAAAAUAGCUCAAACAAACAAACUGCUCAAAAUUAAGUGCUGUUAAGUAGCCUAGUGAUGGUGUGCAGCGUUCUUGCUAUAAUUUAUUUAUUAUUUCAGCAUUAUCUUAUCUUUAAGCGUCAAAUCGUAGACAUUUUUAGUAAAUGUUGUUGUCUGUAAGUUUGAAUAUAUAUAUACAUAAAAAAGAAAGAAAAACAAAAACAACAACAACAACAAAAACCGUUAAGUUUCUCGUAAAUGUCAUCAGCAUUUUGCUUCGAAUUGGAUAUAACGAUCUUAUUGUGUACUACAUCCUUCAGUGCAAAACUGCACUGCAAAUGUUUAACUGGAAAAUGAAACCAGUAAGUUUAAGAUACAUGCUGUAUUGUUCUUAUGUUGAUUUUUGCACAGGAUUAGGUAGUGGACAAGUAGUGACAAUUAGCAAGUUACAUCUUCUCCUGUGCAAUUACUGUAUUUGUCCAGUUUUUACGGAAACCCAGAUAUGCGUUAAGCUAGUUGUAUGUCUAAAAACUGCCAAAAUUGUCUAUCCUGAAUACGUAAUAACACAGUAAUUUUAGAGUGACAUUUCUUCACCUGAAUUUUAAACAUAUUUCUAAUUUUCAACAUGCUUGUUAGUCAGUGCACGCAUUGGAAAUCCAUUUCACUAGAAAUAUUCAUAAAGUGUAUUAAAUGAUAUUUAUCAAUGUUACAUAUAUAUUUGUAUCAAUGUACUUCCUAGUGUAUGUAUUGCUAGAUUAAUAGCGUUUCCAUGCCAUCUUUGUGAUCACGUUUUGUUCAAUUCAAAACUUAAGCAGUCCAUUUGAAAUGAGGUUUUGUACGACAUUUAUCGCCCGUUUUGUAUAUAGGUAUACUUUUACUUUUUAUGUGUAUACAGUUUCAUGAAAGCGAUAUUAUACUUUGUAUUUUCAUAGAUUGACGGCUUAAUUCUUAGUUGUAAGUAUUUUGUUUAUAUUUUUCUUACAAAUUAUCAUAUUUUCAUAAGUGGGACGAGGUGUUUUAUUUUGCAUUUUAUUGAUUUCCUAUAUGUGUAUAGUUGUUUGAGAUUUUAAUUGUGUUAUCAAAUAGAUAUGUUUGCUAUUCUAAAUGUAUGGCCGAAAAUUAAAAUUCCACCCAUUUACGAACAAAAUCUUACAAAACAGGUCGCUGUUUUCAUCAAUGUUUGUUUGCAAUGACACUUAUGCUCUUGCCAAUAAAAAUAAAUGGGUGGUGGCGCAUAUAGUGCCACCCAUGUUCAUAACGUCAUGUCCGAUCGCUAACUUUUGAAAUAACAUGACAGGAACGACCGUCGAUAUAAUACAUUGCGUUAAAGUCUUUCUUCUAAUCCGUUGUAUAACUUUAUAUAAAUGCAUUGAUGCAUAAAUCAAAGUAACUCGGCACCAUAAAAAAACCGACGUGCCGCGUUUAAGACACAUAACCAUGCAUAAAAGGUCAAGGUCACACUUAUAGGUCAAAGAUUUUAAAAUGUUUUUCUAUGUGUUGCUGUAUAACCUUUGAAGCAAAUUACUUGGCACACACCUUCACUAUAAUAAAACAACGUUUCACGUUUAAUACUUCUUCCACUACCUUAGAGGUGAGUGACAUUCUUAAAUGUAUACAAGUUAUAUCAUUUAGUGUCCGGCGUCUAUAACGUGAGUAAGAAUAAAUUGAAAUUUAAGUAAUUGGGCAAAUACAAUCACUACUACUAGACUAUGCGUUUUGUGCAAGACAUAAAUCAAUAGCUAAAAGGUAAAGGUUACAAAUAGCGGUCAAAGAUUAUAUGUAUAUAAAGUUUUAAAGAUAUAAGUUGGCAUAAAUCUUAACAGUUACUAUAUAAUAUGUUAAGACAUAGAUACAUAUAUGAAAAAUCAAUGUCACAUUGAAAGAUAAAAAAUUUAACUUCAUUUUUCUUCUUUGUUAUUUUUGUCCACAUAGAUUUCACUAUAAUAAGAUGAUGUGUCAGAUGAAUUGUUAAGACCUCCUAAAUCAAAGAUCAAGGCUGUACUUAGAGGUCCAAAAUUUUAUAUAAUUUAUCUGUUUGGUCUAUAACUUUUUAUAUGCAUAGUGGGAUUUUCAAAUAACUUGGUACAAUUUUUCGCCAUAACAAGAAGAUUAAAUAUUUUAUUUAUUUAAUGGUGAAAUAAUAAUAUGCACAGUUGUUUUCUUUCCUUGACCGUAAGUUCAGUAUACGUUUUCUAUUGCCAAAUGCCUUAACUAGCAGGACUAGCACUUCUGUGUCCUAAGGGCAUCCAAGACCUAUAGACGUAUAUUUAGUUAACACCUGUAAAGCUGAUAUAGUAAUGCCUUAGUUUUGUUCAUUGUUUCUUUUGUUUUACUUUUGAUAUAUCAUAUUUUUAUAUAUAUUUCAAAUAUACAGAAUGUUCUGAAUUUAUACCUUAUCUAUCUUGUUGUAGAAAAUUACUUUUUUGUAAUUGUUAAAUUGACUUUGUUCAUGUUUUGAAUGUAUAUGUGUAGAUAGAAUGUUUAUGUAUCAGGCAGAUUAUUCCAUUUUUAGCUCACCUGAGCACGAAGAAAUAUUGUUUUAUUGCAAAAUUCACCAUGGUUCGAUGAGGUGAAAGUUUGAGUGGAAAGAGAUAUAUAUCAAUAACCUCAAGCCUGUUGGCGGCAAGUGAUUCUGCCUUUGAGAUCAAUGAUAUUCAGUGCCAUUCGUUAUUCAGUUAGUAAAUUCUCAGUGAACGCCCAUUUAAAUGAUGAAUAGUACUGCCCAGUGAAUGCUGGACCAGUCCAUUUUAGAAAUUUAGCGGGCUAAAGCUUAAAGGGAUAUAUGCCUUACAGAGCACCAAUACUUGACGAAGGCUUAGAGGUUAACCCUACACCAUAAAGUGUUUCUAGCAGUGGUUGUCAGGUUUGUUCUCUUUAUAUUCUAUAAAAAUCUUUAAGAAGACUCUUUGAAAGCAUAGAAUGCAACAAAGCAAAAUAAUAGCAGACACAGUUUGACUGAAUCUGUUCAUGAGAGGUAAUGGAAAAUGCAAUAUCCUUAAUGCUCCCUAGCCCCAGCUCAAACCGAAGUCUAUUACAACAUUAUAAUGAAAAAGGGCUAGAAAGUAUAGCUAUGUUGAAUCCAUGUCUAGUUAUGUAUUUCUAAAUAGAAUAAAAAAGAAACAAAUAUUUUAGUAUAUUUGUGAAUACAAUUUCGUUAAACGUUCUGAAAAACUCUAUUAGAUUUUCAGUUGAAAUUUUCAACAUUUAUUCAUAAUUUACAUUUCCUUUCAAUGUUUAGAAGUUUAUGUUUGGAAAAGUUAAAAUUUCACCUAACGCAAGUGCAAACAGCAUGAUUGUGUAAUCCCAACAACGGAAUAAUUAGUACAAAACCAGGAGUUUUUAUCGAAUUAUAUACAAUAACUUGCAUUAAUAACAUUUAAGGAAAUCUAAUGUAUUCUCAAUGUAAAGGGUGAAAUUUAGCUUGGAACAAGUCUAAUUAACGUAAAAUCAUUCUGAAAGGAUUAGACAUUAAAUUUGCAACAUUGGGUUAAUGUUACUUAUUGUAUUCUGAAAAUAAGAGAAAAAAAAACCGGUUGUACAUGUUUAAAUUUACUGAGUAUAAUCAAUGGUAACGUGUUUACUGGUUCUUUUAUUUUUGUGAAACAUUAAUAUUGUAAUUUCAAGUUAGUAUCAUUGCCAAUGUACGUACACAUAUCUUUUUGAUUUCAAGCUGCAUAAAUAUGUGUGACUAAUCACAGACGUCAUAUUUUGUAUGUCAAUAUUUAUCAUACAUUCAUCUAACCUGAAAAUAAUCAACAGCUAUAUGUUUCCGGAAUCCAUUGGUAAUUCAGUGCUAAUUAAAACAGAGCAACAUUAGACUUUAAGGUUAAAUGUACACUAUUUGUAAAUUGAUGCGUUUUUAGAUGUGUUGUUACUAGAUACUUUGCAUCAUGUAUUAUUUUAAUUUCAAAGUUUGAUCUUUAUUCUUUGAAGCAUUAUCAAACACCAGCAGGUAUAUCUUAUGUCUAUUCACGACAGAAUAAGUGAGGGAUCAUAAAAGGUAUUCGAUGAUUAAUAUUGUAUUAUAUUAAGAGACCUGCUGAAUUUGUUAUCAUUUGGUGCGAUGUUAUUACUAUUAUCAAUUAGAAUACAAACAUUCAAUGUCUGAAAAAUAUUUUUAAUUUUUAUAAUAUUUAUAACUACGAAUUAUAUAGAGGAUAAUUGUUGGUUUCGGUGUAAUAUCACGUUAUAAUUUCACCGAGUGGGCACCAAAAGUGAUAUUUUCACGAGUGGCGCAGCCACGAGUGAAAAUAACAACUUUUGGUGUUCACUAGUGAAAUUAUCGUGAUAUUACAUUGAUACCAACAAUUUUUCUGUUUAUUUUAUGUCUAAAACUUUACUUUUGUUGUGUUUAUUUCAAUAAAAUGUCGAAAUUUGCGGGAAAUUUUAUCAGGAAGCAUCGCAAAGAUGACGUCAUUUUAACGACGUCAUCGUCAUAUUGUUUCCGGCUUUCAGUACGCUCGGUAAACUUUUUGACGUUAAUCCGGGUAUCAGAUUUGAUAUUAUUCACUGAGUGGCCAGUGAGUUUAUCAGGAUAUAAUUCACCGUUAUAUUUCGAUAAGCCACCGAAAAACAUAAAAUAAAUAAACAUUUAUAUGUUAUUAGAUUUGUAUCGAGAAGUAGGCAUGCGCGACUGUAGUCCGCGAAUGAACGAGUACAUAUUACUCUAUGCAAAUCUUAACAUCAUUUUAUUACAUACGCAUUAACACUUUUUUAAUAUUUUUUUAUUAACACACCUGAGCCAAAGGCUCAAAAUGAGCUUUUGUGACCGCUCGAUGUCUGUCGUGCGUCUUGCAUCAAAAUUUCUAAAACUGAUCUUCUUCAAAACCACUGGGCAGAUUUACACCUAAGUUCACUGGAAUAAUCCUUGGGUUACCCCAUUUCAAAAUUGCCCCAGAAAUUGAAUUGAUAUCCAUACAGAACUUUGGCUGCCAUGUCAACCGAAAGGAAAAUAUAGCGGCUUUUAGCUAGAUGGUUAUAUUGUAAAUAUUGAAAACUUUAAAAAUCUUUUUCUUCAAAGCAACUGGGCAGAUCUGAUCCUUGGGCUUCUCUUUUUUUGCAAUUGCCCUGGAUGUUACAUGGUUUACAUAGACUUACAUCAGGAAAAUUUUGAAUUUUUUCUUGUCCAAAACCACAGGUCUUUAGACUUUGAUAUUUGGUGUGUAUCAUUAUCUAGUUGUCCUCUACAAAGAUUGUUCAAAUUAUCCACCAAGGGUCAAAUAUUUCCCAGCCCUGGGCCCAUGGUUUACAUAGACUUAUAUAGGGAAAACUUUGAAAAUCUUUUUGUUGAAAACACCAAGUCUUAGUGUUUUGACAUUUGGUCUGUAGCAUUAUCUAGUGGGUCUCUACCUAGUUUGUUUGAAUUAUCUUUCUAGUGUCAACUAUGGGUCCGCCAAGGCGAUCCCAAGUUUUACAUUAACUUGUACAGGAAAAAACUUCAAAAAUCUUCUAGGCUUUUGAUAUUUGGUAUCUUGCAUUGCCCAGUCGUCCUUACCAAAGUUGUUCAUAUAUUGCCCCAGGGGUGAAAAGAGGCUUUAUCCUGGGGUCCAAAGUUUAACUUAGACUUAAAUAGAAAACAAUAUAAAAUCUUCUAGUCUGAAAGUAUAAGUCCUAGGCGUUGCCAUUUGGUUGCAAUGUCUAGUGAUUCAUUAACGAAAUUUUUAAAUUAUGUACCUGGGGUGAAAAAGGCCCCGCCCCGGGGAUAACUUGUUGUAUGAUGUAUAUAGGAAAAUACUUAAAAAAUAUCAGAUCAUAUUUCCUAGACUAUUAAAUAAUAAUUACCUGAUGACUUAAAGUAGGGAUCACCUGACUGUGACCUUGACCUACUGGCCAGUUUUCUUGUUUUUAAGAUGCAGCAUUGAAAUUUGGAUGACAUUAUCAAUUUCUUUUGACACCAAUCUUAGAACUGACUUUCAGUGACCGCGAAUGUGACCUUCUGACCUUCUUUCUUAAUAUUUCAGCGUCGUUUGACAUUAGAAAUAUGUAAUUCAUAUUACUCAGGUGAGACGAUCCAGGGUCAUCAUAACCAUCUUGUAUAAAUUAUACAAAGUUGUUCUUCAGCAUGAGAAAAAAUGCCGUCGUUGAAGAACUUUAAAAAGCGAUGACAUACAUGUGAAAUAACAAAGGAAGUCUCUUACCCGAUAUAAACUCGAACGGGAAAAAUGGCGUUUCAAUAUACAAUAUUAUUAUAACUAAUACAGACCAAAACUACUCCCUUUGGUUUAGAGCAUGCUUUAAUGCCACGAUUACUGACUGUAAGAACGUAUUGAUGCUAUCUUUUUACUUUUAUAUUUGCUCUUAUGAUUAAAUGAUUUCGAAUAAAACAAUCAAAUACAAUAUGUGAUGUUUGUCAUGUGUAGUACAUAGGGUUGAAAUGCGAAACAAACAGAGUGUAUGAGUUAAAACCCCCAACUGGGAUAUAAAAGCAGGGAGAUGGCACUGGGGCAGGUUUCUACAUAAAAUAUGCAUGGUAAACAUCAGAGAACCCUUUUUUGAAAUCCUGAAUGAACUCCUGAAUGAAAAAAAAUUAAAACAUGUACAUUUAUACUUUGAUAUGUAUCCUUUCUAUUGGUGCAUUUAAUUUUUAGCUCACCUGAGCACGAAGUGCUCAAAGGUGAGCUUUAGUGAUCACCCUGUGCCCGGCAUCCGUCGUCGUCAAUCGUCCGUCCGUCCGUCGUCAACAAUUUGACUGUUAACACUCUAGAGGUCACAUUUUUGGCCCAAUCUUAAUGAAACUUGGUCAGAAUGUUACCCUCAAUAAAAUCUUGGAUGAGUUCGAUAUUGGGUCAUCUGGGGUCAAAAACUAGGUCAUCAGGUCAAAUCAAAGGAAAAGCUUGUUAACACUCUAGAGGUCACAUUUUUGGCCCAGUCUUAAUGAAACUUGGUCAGCAUGUUACCCUCAAUAAAAUCUUGGACGAAUUUGAUAUUGGGUCAUCUGGGCUCAAAAACUAGGUCACCAGGUCAAAUCAAAGGAAAAGCUUGUUAACACUCUAGAGGUCACAUUUUUGGCCCAAUCUUAAUGAAACUUGGUCAGAAUGUUACCCUCAAUAAAAUCUUGGACGAGUUCGAUAUUGGGUCAUCUGAGAUCAAAAAAUAGGUCAUCAGGUCAAAUCAAAGGAAAAGCUUGUUAACACUCUAGAGGUCACAUUUUUGGCCCAAUCUUAAUGAAACUUGGUCAGAAUGUUACCCUCAAUAACAUCUUGGACGAGUUCGAUAUUGGGUCAUCUGGGGUCAAAAACUAGGUCAUCAGGUCAAAUCAAAGGAAAAGCUUGUUAACACUCUAGAGGUCACAAUUUUGGCCCAAUCUUAAUGAAACCAGAAUGUUAAUCUUGAUGAUCUUAAGGUCCAGUUUGAAUCUGGGUCAUGUAGGAUCAAAAACUAGGUCGCCAGGUCAAAUCAAAGGAAAAGCUAGUUUACACUGUAGAGGCCACAUUUAUGACAUAUCAUAAUGAAACUUGGUCAGAAUGUUAAUCUUGAUGAUCUUAAGGUCAAGUGUAAAUCUGGGUCAGGUGGGGUCAAAAACUAGGUCACUAGGUCAGAUCAAAGGAAAAGCUUGUUAACACUGUAGAGGCCAUAUUUAUGACUGUAUCUUCAUGAAACUUAGUCAGAAUGUUAAACUUGAUGAUCUUUAGGGCAAGUUUGAAUCUGGGUCAUGUCGGGUCAAAAACUAGGUCACGGGGUCAAAUCAAAGGAAAAGCUAGUAAACACUUUAGAGGCCGCAUUUAUUAUCAUAUCUUAAUGAAACUUUGUCAGAAUGUUAAUCUUAAUGAUCUUUAGGUCAAGUUUAAAUCUGGGUCAGUUCGGGUCAAAAACUAGUCACUAGGUCAUAUCAAAGGAAAACCUUGUUAACACUCUAGAGGCCACAUUUAUGACUGUAUAUUCAUGAAACUUAGUCAGAAUGUUAAACUUGAUGAUCUUUAGGUCAAGUUCGAAUCUGGGUCAUGUCGGGUCAAAAACUAGGUCACGGGGUCAAAUCAAAGGAAUGGCUAGUUAACACUUUAGAGGCCACAUUUAUGACCAUAUCUUAAUGAAACUUGGUCAGAAUGUUAAUCUUAAUGAUCUUUAGGUCUGUAGGUCAGGUGAGCGAUACAGGGCCUUCAUGGCCAUCUUGUUUCAAAAAAUGUCAAGAAAGUAUACUUAUAGAUUUUU